CUGCGCGCUAUAGUCAGGUAUUGCAAGUGUUAAAAAUGGCGUCUACAGAGACUACGAUAGUCAUUAAAUGCCCAUCCCACAACCAGCAUCUAACCCUCGAAUUCCGCCUAGACGGAACUAUAGCUGAGCUUCAAGAGUUACUGCACAAACACCAUGAAGCGCGGCCAUCCCCUGAAGAACAGAUACUCGUGUAUGCAGGCAAGGUGCUCAAGGACUCCAGCUUGCGCCUUCGGGACGUUGUCGGCAAGGAAGCUGUGGGGCCCUUUAGCGUUCACCUAGUCAUAAAGCCUAAGCAGUCUGCGUCAACUUCUUCGGCCCCAACUUCCCUUCCAUCCCAUCCCGCCGUGGAUUCCUCCGUCGCUGGGCCGUCGACUUCCUCGGCAUCGACCUCCGCAGCUUCCAGCGUCCCCAGCGCACCCGCAGCUGCGCCCGCUCCUAAGCCCAGCGUGCGUGCAUUGGAACCAACUACUACCCCCGCGGAAGCGAACUCAAGCAGCACCGCAGCACCUGCAGAGGAGGAGGCCGCGGCAGGAGCUGCUGCGGACAGCGGCCCCUCUGCCGCCUCUCUAGGCGACACCCCUAGUGACUUCGGAGCCGCAGCCGCCUGGAACGCAUGGGGCGGGUACCCGGGAGGGUUCCUGCCGUACGGAAUGUACGGUGGCAACAUGGGUGCCUACGGUGCCUACCCGCUCUUCCCACAGCCUUUUGGCAUGCCCACGGCCGUGGCAGCUCCUGCAGCUGCUGCUGCCCCAUCGGAAGCCGCGUCCAGCUCCGCUGCAACCGCUGCUCCUGCUGUUGCAGGCACCGCCAACACGGGUGCGGCCGCAGCAGCACCCUCGCUGCCGUACUCGUACUACAACCCGGCAACAAUCGGCGCUACAUACCAGGCGGCGUACAACGCUGCCCUGGCGGCCCUCUCUGCUGCUUCCCAGCAGCCACAGCAGCAGGAGGGUGCCUCCGGCGGGCAGCAGCCGCAACCACAGCCGCAACAACAGGAGCAGCAGCCGCAGCAGCAGCGAGAGCAGGCAGAGGCUGCAGCUCCGCAGGGCGGCUCAGCGGCGGGAAGCAGCAGUGGAGCUGCCGGAUCAGCAUCAACAGCAGCAGCAGCGGGAGCGGCGGCGGAUCCCGCUGCUGCGGCUGCCGCAGGUGCCCCGGGAGCUGUCCCCGCGAACACCCUGCCGCAGGUGCAGGCGCCCCAGUUCGCGUACGUGCCCAUGCUGGUGCCGGCGUACGGACAGCUGGGCUACCCCUUCGGCCCCCUACCCGCCACCCCCUACCCCAUCCCGCCCUUGGGCGCCGCGGCCGGCCCCCUCAUGGCCGCUGCCGCCGCCCUCGCCGCCACCCCUGCCGGCCAGCACCGCAACCCUCCUCCCUCCCUUCCCCCCUGGGCUGCCGCGGGUGGCCCCGGCUGGCCUCCGUCGCACCCCGCAGCCAACCCGCUGACGCUGGCCUCCGACCUGCACGCUGCCUUGAACGCUGCGCUGAACCCUGGCCUGGCGGGUCUGGCCAGGACGGGUCUGGCUGGGCCGGGUCGCAUUGUGGAGCUGGAGGCGCUGCUGGAGGCACUGGAGGCGGGCGGUGCGGCGGGGGCGCUGAGGCGGCAGGCCGGGCGGACGCAGGAGGGCGGGGCGCAGGGCGGCGCGAGAGAGGGCGCGGUGGGAGAGGGAGCAGCAGGCGGCCUGCGUCAGCGGCGCGACCGCUUGCUGCUGGCGAUGGCCGCGGACCGCAACCGCGGGGCCCCCGCGCUAGUGGUGGCGGGGCCGGCUGCCAGGCCGGGUGUGGGGGGGGUGCGGCGGCCGCGUGUGUUCACGCUGCGCAUCAACACGCGUAUGCUGAUGCAGGCGCUGGUGUUUGCAGUGGUGCUCUACCAGCACUUCACGUGGCAGCGCUUCGUGACGCUGCUGGUCAUCGGUGCGGUGCUGUUUGUCACCUCCACUUGGGCGCCCUUCCGCCGCCUCAUGCGGGGGAUGCACGCGGGCCCACCGCAGCAGCAGCCGCAGCCGGCAGCAGCUGCGGCGGCGGCGGAUGGCCAGGCGGCUGCUGUUGGAGAGGCAGGCAACGCAGGGCAGCCACCGCAGCAGCAACCACAGCCGCAGGCACAGCGCAGGGGCAUCUUGUACGAGAUCCUGGUUUUCGUGGUGGGGUUCAUCACCUCACUGCUGCCCGCUUGGAACUUCAACCCGGAGGAUGCCGCUGCUUUCGCGGCUGCCCAGGAAAUGCUUGCCGCGGAGGAGCGUAUGCGGCAACAGCAGCCACCUCAAGCGCCAGCAGCAGCAGACGGGGGUGCCGGCGUGGAUGGUGGGGUGGCACAGGAGGAAGCACAACCAGCGGUCGCUGCGGCGGCCGACCAGUAGCUCGAAGUGUUGCAUACCGCGUACCGCCUGGCUUGGGGAGGGCUUAGGACCGGUUGAUGGUUUGUGUUGAUGGAGUUUCAUACUCAUGCGUAUAUAACGGGUUUUCACGAUGAAAUUAAACGAUGUGUGUUCAGCGGAAAUGUAGGUAGGAGUUCGGCAUGGCAGCGUGUUGUUUCGCGAGGUUGCAUACAAGUUUGGCUAUGUUGCCAUAUGAGGAGAAUUUACAUGUUCUUAGGUCGCUUUAUGGCUGGAUAGAUUCAAGGAUUCCGCAUCUCGAGUUCGGCAAAUUGUAUGCCCUGACUGAAGCAACGUUUUAUUUGUGC